AUGCGUCUUGCCCCGCAGCCAAGUGCGCAAACCCCGCGGCUUCUCCUCGUCGCGCUCCUGCUUUCCACGCGGGGUCUCGCCUCCCAGCUGCUGUCGUCGGGCUGCCCGGAGCGGUGCGUGUGUGACGAGCAGCUGGUGGUCCAAUGCGCCGGCCAGCACCUGACCAGCUUCCCCGCGGACUUGCCACUGGCCACCCGGCAGCUCAUCAUCUCCAACAACCUCAUCGCGGAACUGCCUGCGCUCGCGCUCAACUACCUCUCAGAUCUGGUCUACCUGGACUGCAGCAACAAUACCUUGACGGAGAUCUCCCAGUCCACAUUUGGGAAUCUUAGGAAGCUGGCAUAUCUUGACCUCUCCUUCAACAUCCUUACCAGGAUCGAGGACAGGACCUUCGCUCCCCUGGACAGUUUGGUCAUGUUGAGGAUGACGGACAAUCCGUUCCUGUCUGAGAUCCACCAAGACGCCUUUGUGGAAAACCUGGCCCUUCAGGUUCUCGACGUGAGCCGGAACAACUUGACGGUGCUCAACAUCAGCUCCUUGAUCGCAUUGCCAGCCUUGCGUUCGCUGGGCCUGAGUGGGAACCCCUGGAGCUGUGAGUGCGGGAGCGAGGAGCUCUGUCUGUGGGUCCACUUGGAGGGCUUCAAGUUUCAAGAUGAGGGCCAGACUGUUUGCGGUUCUCCAGAUGACCUCCAGGGCCGUCGUCUUGGUGAGGCGGGAGUCCAACUCCGGACAUUGUGCCACCACACCCUAGGUUCCUGGGACUAUCUUUUCUUCGUCAUCAUCGGUUUUGUCAUCUUUGCUGCGGGCACCGUGUUGGCCUGGGUCAUGGGGGUCAUCAUGGUGCUUUAUGAGCGCUAUAUCAAGAAAAAAGACGAACAGUUGGAACUAGAUGAGGAAGAGGAAUUGGCCACAGAGUCGGGGCGGACCUCACGGGCCAGGGGCGAACAGGAAAACGCUUUAUUAAAACACACGGUUUAG